AUAAAAGGUUCGUGUCUUAGAUGAUACUUCGGAAAAAAACAUUUAGGGUUUUGUGAGCGAUGAAUCUAUCGCAGGAAUCGCUGGAGCGCGCUGUGUCGACGCCUGCGUCGACGCUCACCCAGGAGCAAAGGGAUCGAAUGCAUCGGCAGCGAGAGCUCGCGAUCGCGAGGAGAAAUGCGAGGCUUGCGAGUCAAGCUUCCCCGGCCGCGAUGGAGUGGAGUCCUGCGCGGCAAGGUAUCGAGAAUGUAGGGAUUACGGAGGACUGGAUCGAUCUAGGCGAGCAUUUUGGGGGUAGAAUCGAUCCAAGCAAGAUAGAGCUGGAAGACUCCAUCCACAAGAGGGAAGGCGAUCGCAGGAUUACGAUGUCGCUGGAGCAGCUGCGGGUUCUAGAGGCGGUGGCCGCGAAGAAAUCGGUGUUCGUCACUGGAUCGGCGGGAACAGGAAAGAGCUUCAUCCUCGAGUACGCGAUCAAGGUUUUGCGAGAGUUGCACGGGGAGUUCGCGGUGUUCGUCACGGCCUCCACUGGAAUCGCGGCGUGCUCGAUUGGCGGGACCACGCUCCAUUCAUUCGCGGGCGUGGGGUUGGGGCAGCUGGAUGAACGCCGGCUCGCGGCGGCGGUGAUGGCGAGCAAGGAAUCGCGAUCGCGGUGGACGACUGCCAAAGCACUGGUGAUUGACGAGAUCAGCAUGAUCGACGCGGAGCUCUUGGACAAGAUCGAUUACGUUGGGAGGGCGGUGAGGAAUCGGCCGGAGAGAUUUGGGGGCUUGCAGCUGCUUGUCACUGGCGAUUUCUUCCAGCUCCCGCCCGUCCAGAAAGCUGGCGAGACCAAGAACUUUGCGUUCCAGGCGCGGUGCUGGAGAGAGUGCUUCGAUCUCCAGAUGGAGCUCACGUACGUGUUCCGACAAUCGGACAGGAACUUUGUGGCGAUCUUGGAUGAGAUCCGUCGUGGGCGAUGCUCGCCGUCGACGAUCGAGUCUCUCAAGGCUUGCAGUGUGGUGAGCGCUGCUUCAUCGUCUUCUCCUCCUCCGACGCGGCUCUUUCCUCAUCUCCAGAGCGUCGAUCGAGUGAACAAGGAGAAGCUUGCCGCACUGGGUGGCGAGACCGUGACUUACAUCGCUCGCGACGUUGGAAAGAUCCAUCUUUUGAGCGGCUGCCGGGCCGAGAGCCAGAUCACUCUAGCCGUCGGCGCGGAGGUGAUGCUCGUCAAGAACAUCGACACACUGGGAGGACUGGUGAACGGAACCAGAGGCGUCUUGGUGGAUUUCAUGGUCCCAGAGUCUCCAAAACGAGAUUUUUCUUCGCAAGAACACGAAGAACAGGGAGCACGGGGAAGAUACUUCUCUUGGCGAGACGGCAAAGGCAAGGAAGAACAGGGAGGAGAGAAACGAGAUGUUGAGCGCCGUGAACAGCGGCGGUGGCCAGUGGUGGUGUUUCGGAUUCGUGGAGGGCUUCGGAAGAUCGUGGUGAAACGCGAGAGCUGGAGCGUGAUGGAUGGAGAGAAAGAGGUGGCGACGAGGUGCCAGAUUCCUCUCAUCCUGGCCUGGGCUUUGAGCAUCCACAAGUGCCAGGGGAUGACGCUGGAUCUGGUGGAAACGGACUUGACGCGAUCGUUCGAGUGUGGGAUGGUUUACGUCGCGCUCUCGCGGGCCAGGAGCUUGGAGGGGAUCCGGCUGCUGGGAUUCAAUGCCUUGAAGAUCAGAGUUCAUCCCCUCGUCGUGGAGUUCUACCAUCAACUCGAGGAAAACGGAAGAGCAGGAAAAAGAGAUUUUUAUCGCAUCAGCGAUCCCGGUACUGCUGCUGCUUGAGUGGAUUCGGUCAUCACGAAAGUAAGUUCGUGUGAUCUUGCAAGAACUUGUAGCUCAUCGAGUUAUAGAUUGGUGCUGGGAGCUAUUUGGAUUGAUCGGCACAAGGAAGUAAGUAUGAUUUUAAUUGGAGGAGGCUUUGUUCGAGUUUGUGAUGAUUUUGCGUGUGUAGAAUCCCGCUCCUAUCGAUCAAACUUGCGAAGCUUAUCCAAGUUAUGAGACACUUAGCACUAAGUAACAAACUUGUUUGGACGGCUUGGAUUGGAGGGAUCCUGGCCGUUGGUGUGGCCUUCCUU